CGGAAGCGUGUAGAUGCUGCCAGGCUCCCUGUCAGUAACCAGGUGGUGUGUCCACGAGGCAUAACUGGGAUGCACUAAAAGCUUGGGGCAUAACUGGGACGAUGGGGCUGCUGCUGCCGAGGCACAGUCGGGAAGGACCACUGUCUGAGGUUUUCCUGCUGAAGAUUCUGAUGUCGGUAACUGGAAAACCUCCAUGGUUGGAGGACGAGAAGCCGUAUCCAAUUGAAGCAGCAGAGGCUUUUGCGAUGACUGUGGAAACCACUGCUUAUGCCUUGCUUCAAGCAUUGUCAAGGAAUGAUAUUGACUAUGCAACACCGAUUGCGAGGUGGCCAACGAUGCAACAGAACUAUGGUGGUGGAUUUCACUCGACGCAGUUUCCACUUGGAAGAAAGAUUCACAUCAAAUUGACUGGUCAAGGAACUGGGACACUGACUGUCCUUAUGGGAACAGGAAAAAUGACAAGCUGGAAAAUUUUGCAAGUAAUCUUUGGGCCAGCCUGGAAUCUUCCCAUCCUCUGGCCAUGACCUUGUGACCCUGCUUGGAGGUUGUAGUUACAGUUUCAGAAGUGAUCAAUUCCAGUGAGGAUGUCUGUACUAAGGUGAAAGCUCACGCACAGUUCUUCACGACGGGAAAAAUGGCUCCAUUCAGACUCUGGAGAUUCAGGUAUCCCACUGAGAAUCGUUGUCUCCUUCAUCAUUCACCUUAUUCCAGUCACCUGUCCUGCUCUGUGUGAUUUCUGUCCAUUCUCUCAGUCAUGCUUGUCUGAGGGGAUAGCCACUACUGUAGCCCUGUUGUUGACUUGUGCAGUAUCCUCACAGUCAGGGAAUGCUUCCCCAUUCCUGAGAGAUUUCAGCUGGCUUAAACAGCUCUGAAAACCACGAAACACUUUUACAAGAGUCAGCGGAAAUCCACUUGCAUCUAACCUGUAAGUGGUUGGUGAUAUCUCUAUCCUCACUGCACUGGAUUAAGAGAGGAUUGUAACUGGAAUACUGAGAUCAAAACAUAUACCAUUAGCAUCCAAGCAGCAUUACGCAUACUUCCAUCAGAAUGUGAAUCAGAUGACAGGGAUUAUACCUAGCACUUGGAGAACUGACAGAAACCCCAGGUUACCUUGUCAGGAAAGUUCCAGUGAAUGAAGUGCCAACGGAGCACUUACCAUUCGGGGGCAGUCUGUGGCUAAAACCCCACUCACUGAGAGAUGCUGGCCAAACAGAGACUAGUGCCUCGCCAUUGCAGGUGGUGCCACCAGGAAGGGUGGCUGAUGCUGGUACUGCAAUUAAUCCAAUGCUAUUAGUGAGUCAUGAACAAAUUGGGGUCGUGGGAGAGGUUUUCUGGCCAGGGAAUCAGGAGGUUGUAAGAAAAGGUAGUCAGGUGCUAUCUGUUUGCCAUCGCUACUAAUAUGGCAUGGCGGAUCAAUGGUCAGCACUGCUGCCUCACAGCUCCAGGGACCCAGGUUCAAUUCCAAGCUCAGGUGACUGUCUGUGUGGAGUUUGCACAUUCUGUAUAUGUCUGCAUGGGUUUCCUCUGGGUGCUCCAGUUUCCUCCCACAGUCCAAAGAUGUGCAGGUUAGAUGGCUUGGCCAUGCUAAGUUGCUAAGAGUGUCCAGGUAUGUGUGGGUUAGGUGGGUUAUAGUGGAAUGGGUGUGGGUGGAAUGCUGCAAAGGUCAAUGUUGGGUCAAAGGGUCUGAUUGUACACUGUAGGGAUUCUAUAAUUAAGAGUUUUACUUCUCAAACUUUCUGUGUGAUAUUUGUUCAGCCUAAGUUAUUAAUUGCCCACUCAGGGGAGU